AUGUACCGCCUGACUCCAAACCCGUCCACACCGAAGGGCAAAUCGCCUGCAGAGACACUACUCUACAGCACUCUUAGAAGCACCUUUGAUCUUCCGAAGCCUCCAAAGGAGGUGGUGGCAUCAUCAAAUCAGAAAAUGGAGUCCCACUAUAAUCGCAAGCAUGAUGCAAAGUGGCGACAUUUUGACAUCGAACAGAGAGUGCUAGUAAAGGACUAUCGUGGUAAUCGCGCACCUUGGCGUCAAGGCAAAAUCCCACGGCGAAUCGGAAAUGUCAUCUAUCAUGUUCGCGUGCGUUCCGAAAUUUUGGUUCGUCAUGCAAAUCAGUUGAAAGAAGCUUAUUCGCAACCCACACAGAGAUUGAACAUUUUGAUAGAACACCUGGACAUGAACAGAGGAAGGACAACUGACACUCAGGUUGCGGAGCAGCUGUCAGAGGUGCCUGUGUAUCAACAAUUACGAAGGUCGACGCGUAGAAUGCCAGUGACAAACACUCAAACUGGACGUGGUGACAAUAACAGGCCGGGAAUUGGUCUGGACACCAUAAACGCCGUCAGCUGCAGAUCACAUGAGGGUGACACACUAGUCCGAUUUGUCCAAUCAACCAUGUCUGAUUGA